UUUGACAUCAUCAUGUACAAAUUUAGAUAAUUCUUCACGUUCAUCUUACAUCAAAUUUAUAGAAUCUUUUCAAAAUCAUCUUGAAAAUGAAAAACUGUUUUCCAACAGAGAAGAAUUACUCUCAAUAUGUAGAAAUCUUGAAGAAAUAUUAGAAAAUGUCACAAAUGAAAAUAGUCAAGUUUUAGAUGGACUAGCUCAGAAAAGUUUAGAUGUAACUUUAGAUUUUAUUGAAAACUUUGCAAAAACAGAAAAAUUUCUAGAAGAAUUUCAUCAAAUUUUUAAAUGUCUUUUGCCGUAUUGUUAUGAACUACUUAAUAUUCCAGACCUUAAUAAGAAAUUAAAAGAUAAUAUUUAUAAAUAUAUUUCAUAUCAAAAACAAAGUUUCGCUGAUAUUAAAGAUUGUAUUGAGGGUUUGUUUAAAAAUAUCAAGAAAGAUGAAUCUAUUAAAAUAAAUUUCGUUAUUGAUAAUGCUAAGGAAAGGAUAACAUAUAUAUUUAAAUCGUUUAUUAAAUAUAUUGAAAAGAAGAAUGAACGAGCUGUUCAUUAUAUCGGAGUUUAUCUACGAGAAACUAUGAUGAAUCAAAUUGAUAAUUAUAUGCAAAGUUUAACAACAUUUCGACAUACAACCUUAGUUUCUAUGGAACAUUUUGAAAAAGAAUUACAUCAAUUUUUACUUAAUUCUAUUCGAGAAAGUAUUAAAAAUGAAAAGGCUAAUAAUCAAUUAGCAAGUAAAGCUAAAGAAAAUUUAAAUUCCAACAAGAAUAAUUAUGAUGAGAAAAUUUCUAUGUAUAAAAAUGUUAUGGAAACUUUUGAGAAUUCGGUACCAUUAGAAGUAAUUAAGUCUGUUAAAUUACAACUUGAAAAUACUAAGCAUGGUCACUUCGUAUAUUUACAGAAUAAGAUUGAUGAUUUAACUAAAAUGUUAAAUCGAUUUUCUAACGUUGAAAAAAAUUUACCUAAAUUUAGUGAAUUAUUUAAAAAAUGUUUAAAUGAUAAAUAUGAUCAUUUAUCUGAAGAAGAAGUUUUUUCUUCUAAUGGUAAAAUUAAAAAUGAAAUUUUUAAUUAUCUUAAACAAGAUAUAAAUUUUAAUGAUAUUUAA